AUGCGCGGCUUACUCUUGACGGUGCUCUUUCACGCGCUGGUGUCAGCAUUGCCUCAAGUCGCGUUUCCAUUCAACUCGCAAGUACCGACCCUCGCACGAGCAAGCGAGGCCUAUGUCUUUCAGUUGGCUCCUACGACUUUCGUCUCCGGUGAUGGCAGUGCGUUGGUGUAUACUCUGGCAAAUGCCCCUGCUUGGUUGAAUCUGGAGAGCACGACAAGGACAUUAUAUGGCACACCUGGUCAAGGCAAUACCGGUCCGAAUGUCUUCAAGAUCGUGGCAACCGAUAAGGACGUCUCGGUGGACAUGAGUUGUACCCUGGUAGUAGCAAGCAACAGCGCUCCAGUUCUGACGGGUAACGUCUCAGCGGAUCUUGCAAGAUCAGGACCCUUGUCAGGCCCAACAACCUUGAUAUUGCAACCAUCCACCGCAUUUGCAAUCACGUUCUCGAGCGACCUAUUCGGUGAUUUAGGCACUAUCCAGACUUACUAUGCUACAAUGGCCAAUCGAACACCACUUCCCUCUUGGCUCAAGUUUGACAGCAGCUCUCUAACGUUUUGGGGCAUGAGUCCUGUAUUGAUUACGGGUUCUCAGACAUAUGGCAUCGACUUCAUCGCAUCCGAUGUCGCUGGUUUUGCAGGAGCAACAACAUCGUUCAGCUUGCUGAUCAGCAGCAAUCAGUUAGCUUUCAGCCCUCAGACAGAAAACACUACGAUCACGCCCGGAACGGCAAUUACUCUGGGACCUUUUCUAGACCAGCUACGAAUCAAUGGUCAACAAGCUACAGCUAGUCAACUGCAGAAGGCCGUUGUAGAGGCGCCAGAUUGGCUUACUUUCCAGAACAACUCCCUUGAGUUGACAGGAACUCCGCCGCAAGAAUUUGAAUCACAAAGCGUAUCCAUCACUGUCACAGACACAUUCGGAGACACGGCAGUCAAGAACAUUGUGCUUCGCACAGCGAAUGCAUCGCUUUUCGAUGACGAAGUUACAAAUCUGACUGCAACAGCUGGAAUAGCAUUCAGCUACACUUUCUCCCCAUCUUUGUUAUCUCAGAACAACAUCAAUCUUAGCGUUGAUGCCGGUUCCGCCUCAUCCUGGCUGCAGUAUGAUGCCAGUAAACGCCAGCUUCAAGGCUUUCCGCCCACCACAGCCAAGGCUUCAGCAAACAUAAUCACCUUGACUGCUUCUUCAGGUUCACAGUCAGAGACUCAGACAUUCUACAUCAAUCUGAAAGCAGCGAACGCCUUUUGCCCUACAGCGACCAAGAACCUAUGGUCACAGAAGGAGAUCAUGAUGAAGAGAAAUAUGUUGGAUCACCUGUCAAGCACUCACCAGAUGAGCCUCCUCAACUAG